CCGGACUUUCCUACCCAGUCUUCCCAGCUGAGGAGGAAAUCAGUCGGUGGCGAAUCUCCAGUUUGCAGCCAGAGAAACUCCACGGAGGAUCUCUUUAGAAUCCUGCGUGUUUUUUUCUCACUUCGUGGACUCGCCCAAACUUUUUAUUUUUUCGCGACAGCUUCGGUUGUUUUGCUUUCGGGCUGAGCUGCUCUGCUCCAACCUUGUGAGUCAACAUGUCUCACCACACGACCCAGAAGUUUCACACCUACAAAACGGUGACAGCCGAACCGGUGGUCCAGUCGACCCAGAAGUUUCAAACCUACAAAACGAUGACUUCCGAACCGGUGGUCCAGUCGACCCAGAAGUUUCAAACCUACAAAACGGUGACAGCCGAACCGGUGGUCCAGUCGACCCAGAAGUUUCACACUUACAAAACGGUGAAAGCCGAACCGGUGACCACACAGGUGUUCUCGACCAGGUCGGUGUCUCCUGCGUCUCCGCUGCCUCAGGUCUCCCCGGUGUCUCCGGUUUCACCGAUCCAGUUGUCUUCGGUCUCCAAUGUCACGACGCUGCCGGUUACCGCGAUGAACGGCUCCUACGGGACAAUGAGGUACCUGGUUCCGGUGCAGCAGGCCAUGCCCCAGCAGAACUACAUGUUCAUGCAGCAGCCCGUGAUGCAGCAGGCCGUGAUGCAGCCGAUGGUGCAGCCGGUGGUGCAGCCGAUGUACCUGCAGACUCUGCCCCGUGUGAGCAGCAUCAGCAACCAGGGGACUGAAAUUAUCUACCAGCAGCAGCAGCAACAGCAGCAACAACAACAGCAACAACAGCAUUUCAUAACUGAGACCGACGCUCAAAGCAGCCAUUCAGUGUUCAGCCAGGCGUCCAGUCCCAACAAGAGCGAGGCAAGCGUGGUGGAGCAGGAGGACGACGUGAAAGUCGAAUUGGAAGUGAGCGAGGACUCGGAGGAUGACGAUUACCAGGAUGGUUCUGCAGUAGUUGAAGAAGUGGAGAUUGUCAACAUCAUUCAGCAGAAAGCACCGUCAGUGAAGCAGAAAUACUCCAUGUCAGAGCAGAAAUACUCCAUGUCAGAGCAGAGAGAGAUGCCGGAGCCAACAAAGCUGGACACGCGUUACUUUGGCGAACUGCUGGCUGAUGUCUACAGGAAGAACUGUGAUAUCCACUCCUACAUCUUCGAUAACGUGUCCAAGAUCCGUGGACAGAAACACACUCUGAAUCUCUCCAGUGACCUAAAGGGGGAGAAACAGGAGGUGGAGUCUUUGAUUCCAAAAGGAGCCAAUGAACUGACCAAGCAGCAGAUGCGCUACCUGCUGGAGACUCGUUUCACUGCAGAGAAGAGCAUGCGUCUGCUGCUCUCCACCUUCAGCAGCCUGAGAGAGGAGCUGAUGCAGAUGUCUGAGGACAUGCGGCGUCUGGAAAGCGAGAAGGAAUCUUUGGAAAGAGAUCUGGCUUUCAAAGCAGACCAGGCUCUGCAGUAUGAAUCCCUCAUAGAGAACGUCAGAGAGAGCAACAACAAGCUGCAGCUGUCCCUGAAGGAAGCCCAAGCUUCCCAGCGUUCCCUGGAGACUCAGCUCUCCACUUGCCGAAACAGCGACUCGGUUGGGAACUUCAAGAUCAAAGAGUUGGAGGGAAGAAUGAGAGGACUGGAGAAGGAGAACGAGAUGCUCAAACAGAGGCUGGCCGGACAAUCUAGCAACGGCAACCUGCAGCUCAAAACAGAGGCGCUGGCGCAGCACUACAAGCAGGAGCUGGACACCCUGAAAACAGAAAGAGACAUGGAGAUGGAGAAACUGAGGUCUCAGAUAUCGAAGUUGCAGAUGCAGAUCACCACGACCUCCACCACUACCACCAAAUCGUCAUCCGCAGAGAGCGCUCUCCAGCUGAAGAUCUCAGAGCUGCUGUCCAGGUUGGAGCAGCGGGAGAUCACCAUCAAGCAAAAAGAGGAGGAGAUUAGAAGACUGUUGAUGGAGAGGAACGACAGCUCCAAGAACGUCACCAAGACAAUCAUCACCAAGAGGUACAGGAACCAGUACCCGAUCCUUGGUCUGCUUAGCGACGACUACCAGGUCACAUCACCUGUUAAAGAGGCCAAAACCAUCGUCAUUGAGAGAACCGGAGAGAUGAUCAAACAGGAAAUCAUUACUACUCCAUAAAGACAUACUGCUUCUCUCCGACAGGAAUGAUUGAACGUGGAGAAGACCCUGAUGUCACCCCUCCUCCCCCAUAUGCAUGCUCCUCCCCUUCCCCUAAGGCCUCCCAGGAUUGGUGGUGGUUGAAACCCCUCUUUUCUUCCCCCUGGACCACUAAGAUCUGGUUCUGAUUCAGUCAAAUCCAGUUUGGCUGGGAUUAAAAUCUACCUGGGCUUUUUUUGGCUUCUGCUAUGAUUUAUUUUCAACUUUUACAUAUGUAAAAGUUGCAUAAUGCCACUACAAAUAUCCAUUGACCAAGUUUGGUUUAAAAAAAAAAAAGCAUGACGGCUGGGAACUGGGUGACAUUUGGUUUGGAAUCUCAUCAAAAAGAAAUAAAAAGUAAGACAGAUUUAACUCUGCAAGCAGUUUUUAUGUCAGGACUUACUUUUUGAAUUUUAGUUGAAUUAAAACAGUUGCGCCUCAACAUCUUGCUCAUUCUAGCCAUGCAGUUGAGGUAAGUAGCAAACCACAAGGUCACCUCAGCUCCCAGUUGUCAAAAAUGCAAAUGAACCUUUCACUAAGCCACCACUGCCAUGCUUUGCCCAGGGGACGAGGAAGUGGAUGCUUCAUUGCGAUUGCUUGCUGCAUGUAAAUAUUCACGUUUGUACGAUGAUGGGCAUGCUCAGUGAAUGUGUUGAUUGUGGAGCAUCUCGUCUUAAAUGUGGUUUUAAACGUAAAUGUUCUCAUGGGUGUUUUUCCUUUUGUUUUGUUCUGAGUGGUAGUUUAUUUUAACCCUGUUUUAUGUUGAGGUUUUUAUGUGAGUCGAAGGUCCUCAUGAACUUCGACGUAUUCCGUGUUUGUACAUCACUGUGGGGUCUGGGUGUGUAAUGUCCAGCAUCCAUGAGGGGAACAAGACCCCAUGAAUGGGAACUAAUGAUGUGGGUGAAUGUAGGGAUGUGUGGAAAUGGGGCAUGAUUUUUAGGGGGGAUUAAAAUGGUGGAAGAAAGAAUUUGAAAGUACAUUACACAAUCUGUAAUCUAAGAUUGUGUAAUAUCUUAGAUUACACAAUCUAAGACAUUAAUCUAAGAUAUUAAUCUAAUAUCUUGGUUUUGUAUGAUGGUGAUUUUAUGCAUUUUGUUUUUGAUGAUGACAAUUUUAUGCAUUUUGUUUUUCUAAUUAAGUAUGUCAUGUUGAAGGCUUUGUGUCCACCAGGUGGCAGUCUCAUUCCUCUGCAGAUCUCUAGCAUACAGAUUGCAGUAUGAAAUACUACUGAAGCUGAUUCUGAAGGCAUAAUUUUCUUCUUUUGAUAAUAAUUUAAUUCUAUUUUUACGUCGUAUACAUAAUAAAGUGUCAAAACAAAGCUUUCCAUGCAAUCAGUCCCAGCAUUAUAGCAAAAAGUACAGGUAAUUAUUUACCUGUACCUGUGAAGCAUGGGCUGCAAUCCAUUUUUUCCAUCUCAUAAUCUCCUGCUGUAUAAUUAUUAUUUUGUAUCUAAUGUCAACAAAUCUUCUAAACUAAAUUUAUUUUUAAAAUGUUCUCUUAAAACCUAUAUUUUUCAGUCCUUGCAUUUUCACAGCUUUUCAUUUCUAAACUCAGUGGGCAUUCGAAAUACACACAUUUUGACAGACCUCUUAAUUUUGUUGUUUGCAAGGUUUUGUUUUGCUGAUACAUUUUCUAUACUAUAAGAAUUUUAAUAUUCUAUUAUAUUUUUAUACAUCAUUAUGUGUUAGUUUUACCUAUUUUUUAUUUUUUUGUCUCAGCCAAAAAACUGUAAAUAGCUGCUGGUUGGAAUAGAAUAACCUCAAAAUUUUUUCUUGAGGAAUGAUAGAAAUAAUUCUACCCUUGUGAGACAGUUGAACUGUAAAUAAUCUAAGUAAUAGACAGAAAGCAAAUACCAUCAGGAAGUUUCUGUAUAUUUCUCAGAAGUAAAAGUUUAUUUAAUAUCAAUGAAAAAGAUUAAUACUUAAAUUUAAAAACUGAAAGAUUGUUACUGAAAUUACCAAUGAUUUACUGAAUGGGACUAGAAAGUAAACAUUCAAAAUACAAAUAUGUAAACAGAAUAAAACCUAAGAACAAGGAGCUGAUAGGAUUCUCAGAAACCUAAAGUAAAGACUUUACUGCCAACUUCUGAUUUUAAUAACUAACUUUAACCUGCAAUAGAACGGGACUUUGUGAAAUGAAAUGUUUUCAGACCCACUUUGGAUUCACUCAACUUCUUGAGCCUCAACAUCGAACCUGGGAACCUGCUUUGACUAGACCAGUAACCGGGUUGAUCUGGAUAAAAAAAAAAUUAACAUGAGUAGAAAUUUUUAUAAAAAUACUUUAUUUUUUAUUUUUAGGAUUUUAAUAAAUAUGAAAAAAAAACAUAACAUUUGUCUUCCCAGACUACAUUUAUUUAUGCUUUUUGAAAUAUGGAAUCAUUACUUUUAAAUUAAUUGUUGGAAAAAAAAGGUCUUGUUUAUUAAAAACAAACAUUCAUGUGUCAGAUCAUGUACUAAAACGCUUACCUUUUCUACAAACAUUAAUAAAAGGAGAGUUACCCAACGGACACAAAGCCUUUCAACAGAUUUGGACCUCAUGGGAAUCGAGUUUUGAAUGUGUUAGCCGUGUCAGUGAACUAAUGUUGUGGAGAAAAUCUCAACAUAAUCAAAACUUUCACUUUCAGGUAGGCUAACAGAAAAAUCCACUUCCAUGUUAUUACAAUAAUCAUUUAGAAGAUAAAAUCCUGCCUCAUAUUUUUUUUCUGCUCACUGUAUGAUGAACUAAGCUAGCUGGACGUAGCUAAUGUGCUAACAGAGUACAUAUUUCUUUUUUUUAAGAGAACUAAAGCUGCAAGUUAGAAUAAGCCAUUCUGUAUGUCACAGCUAAGAAUAGAUUAAUAAAAAUAAUAUAUCUUUGCAAUGUGUUGCUAUGUUUUUUACUGUCUUUUUCCCAAUGAAGGUGCCAGCAAUGUCUAAAUUCUCACUGGAACAAUUUAGUUUUAUAAUUUAUGUGUACAUUGAAAGUGCAUUUCAGGUCAGUUUUGAAUUUUCAGUAAGAAAAAUAAAGAGAUGAAAAUAAACCUAAUAAAUGUUGGUCACCAAAA